CGUCAAAGGUCAAAUAUUUAUAUAAUGUAUACAACUUUACACUGCAACUGCAACUCGCUACACAGGAACUUCAAAUUUUGACAACGGCAUCUUAUCUUCGCUCGCCUUUUGCCUCUCGCUUGAUCAGAAAUAGUGAAUAGUCAAUACCCAUGGACGAUACUGUGGAGGACAAUGUUUUGGAUACAACUGAUACACCAUCAUGCUCUAAAUAUAAAAGCCAUGAAACAUCGCCUGGAAAGGCAAGUGUUGACCAAUCAAAAGCUCCAACCAAUGAAAGCCACGAAGCAUCACUAGGAAAGGCAAGUGUUGACCAAUCAGAAACUCCAACCAAUGAAAGCCACGAAGCAUUGCUAGGAAAGGCAAGCGUUGACCAAUCAAAAGCUCCAACCAAUAAAAGCCACGAAGCAUCACUAGGAAAGGCAAGUGUUGACCAAUCAGAAACUCCAACCAAUGAAAGCCACGAAGCAUCGCUAGGAAAGGCAAGUGUUGACCAAUCAAAAACUCCAACCAAUGAAAGCCACGAAGCAUCACCUGGAAAGGCAAGUGUUGACCAAUCAGAAACUCCAACGAAUGAAAGCCAUGAAACAUCGCCUGGAAAGGCAAGCGUUGGCCAAUCAGAAACUCCAACCAAUGAAAGCCAUGAAACGUCGCCUGGAAAGGCAAGUAUUGGCCAGUCAGAAACUCCAGCUAAGAAAACUAAUGAAAAAUCAUCAUUAAAGUCAAGGGCAAAUAGGCCUCAGCAUUUAAUGCUUCCCAAAGCUUGGCAACGAUCCUUAUCUACACAAUCCAAUGGAAGUCAACAAGGCAAAGCUAUUAGUGUUGCUGUAUAUCUUGUGGAGAAGAUUGGUCGUUUGUUGAAUCUUGAAUAUGGUAAAGAUACCACUGCUGGUGUUAUUUGUAAAAUGAUGGUUGAGAAUCUAGCAAUGUCGUCACAAGCAAAAGAUGUUUUCUGUAUUUGGAUAAUUUCACCUUUACUUCAACUACAACUGAAAGAACACCACCAACCUCUAAGAAUGAGAAUGAAAUGGCCAGAUCUAUUGAAAAGAUUUACAACAGCUUCCAGUGAAAUGAUAGAGAAAGAUGAACCAAUUUUGAGCUUUCAACGAAACAGUUUCUUUUCAUUGCAAGAAGAGAAAAAGAUCACAGAUGAAAAGAUAAUCAAGCGUCUUUUUGAAGAAGCAAAGCAUAAUGUCCUAAAUGGUUUCUAUCCUGUAACAAGACAACAGGGAGAGAUGUUUGGUGCAAUCUUGGCAUUAACUGAAUAUGGCAAAUUUUGUCCUCAAAUUCACAAAGUUGGUUAUUUUAGGAAUAAACUUCCUGAACUUGUGCCAUACUGGAUGUAUAAACCUGGUUGGCACACUAUCCUAGGAAGAUCAACAAAAGCAACAAUUGAACAAUGUCUUCUUAAUCAAUACAAGAAUCUUUCAAAUAGUCUGGAUGAAAAUGAACUUGAGUCAUGUCAAAAUGGUCGACAUUUCCUUAAAAAAUGCUGGGAUUUACCAUUCUAUGGGAGUGUUUUUUUCAAUGGUCAAAUUGAAAAACAGGUCUCAGGAUUAAAUUCCUUGCUAGAUCAUCACGAUAUACCUGUGCGUGUCGCAAUUAAUCGAGGUGCUGUUCACGUUAUUGAACCUAAGAAAAAUGAGAUCUUGCUGGGAUUAUCCUACGACGAGUUUUCUUGGGAUUACAGUCAUUGUCCAGAGUCAACCUCCAAUCCUGAAUGCUUUGAUACUUUCUGGCUUGAGUUUGAUUCAGAGGAGGGUGAAAUAACACAGCUACAGAUUUAUUCUAAGCAGGCUAUAAUGAUGGAUGCAAUGGUGCAGUCUUGUGCUUUAUGUUCUAUGACUUUGUCGCCUGUUCCUGAAAAAAGUGUUGCUGCUGCUAAUGCUUUUGAACAACCAUCAUCUUCACCAGAAAAAAAUCGAUAUAAAAUACGUAGCAGAAUGGAACGAGUUAGUUUGUCAACGUAUGACCGAGAUGGUAAAGAGCUUCGUCGUGGAAAUCGAAAUAACUUUUCAUUUACGACGCUGUUUAAAAGACAAGGCUCUGUCCAUUAAGGCUUUCCAAAAACCAUUUAAUGUCAUCGUCAAAAUCGCUUGUCAUUUUAUCAAGUCAAAUAAUGGCCUGGCUCUUAUACAUACUCAGUAUGUAGAGUAAGACAUGUUGGCGAUUUAAACUAAGUCAUUUAGUGUUUAAGCAUGACAGAUUGUCAUUGUACAUAGACCAGAGUAAGUUAAGGCUAUGUCUUAGUAAAACAAAGGAGUUCUUUAUUUCCUGAAAACGUCAUUUGACAAUAAAAAACAAAAGGUUGAAGUCCUGGUAAAGUAAAAAUAAAUAGGUUGCAAGCACUCGAUAAA